CCCCUCCCUGUCCGGUCCGGGUUCGCUUGCCUCGUCAGCGUCCGCGUUUUUCCUGCCCCCCCCAACCCCCCCGGACAGGACCCCCUUGAGCUCGUCCCUCAGCUGCCACCAUGAGCGACCAAGAUCACUCCAUGGAUGAAAUGACAGCUGUGGUGAAGAUUGAAAAAGGAGUUGGUGGCAAUAAUGGGGGCAGUGGUAAUGGUGGUGCCUUUUCUCAGGCUCGAAGCAGCAGCACAGGCAGCAGCAGCAGCGGUGGAGGAGGAGGAGGAGGGCAGGAGUCCCAGCCAUCCCCUUUGGCUCUGCUGGCAGCAACCUGCAGCAGAAUUGAGUCACCCAAUGAAAACAGUAACAACUCCCAGGGCCCAGGCCAGUCCGGGAGCACAGGUGAGCUUGACCUCACAGCCACACAGCUCUCCCAGAGUGCCAAUGGCUGGCAGAUCAUCUCUUCCUCCUCUGGGGCUACCCCUACCUCGAAGGAACAAAGUGGCAGCAGUACCAAUGGCAACAAUGGUGGUGAGUCUUCCAAGAAUCGCACUGUCUCUGGUGGGCAGUAUGUCGUGGCUGCCACAUCCAACCUGCAGAACCAGCAAGUCCUAACAGGACUGCCUGGAGUGAUGCCUAAUAUUCAGUAUCAAGUAAUCCCACAGUUCCAGACGGUUGAUGGGCAACAGCUGCAGUUUGCUGCCACUGGGGCCCAAGUACAGCAGGAUGGUUCAGGUCAGAUACAGAUCAUACCAGGUGCAAACCAACAGAUCAUCACAAAUCGAGGAAGUGGAGGCAACAUCAUUGCUGCUAUGCCAAAUCUACUCCAGCAGGCUGUCCCCCUCCAAGGCCUAGCUAAUAAUGUACUCUCAGGACAGACUCAGUAUGUGACCAAUGUACCAGUGGCCCUGAAUGGUAAUAUUACCUUGCUACCUGUCAACAGCGUUUCUGCAGCUACCUUGACUCCUAGUUCUCAGGCAGUCACGAUUAGCAGCUCCGGGUCCCAAGAGAGUGGCUCACAGCCUGUCACCUCCGGGACUGCCAUCAGUUCUGCCAGUUUGGUAUCAUCACAAGCCAGUUCCAGCUCCUUUUUCACCAAUGCCAAUAGCUACUCAACAACUACUACCACCAGCAACAUGGGAAUUAUGAACUUUACCACCAGCGGAUCAACAGGGACCAACUCUCAAGGCCAGACACCACAGAGGGUCAGUGGGCUACAGGGGUCUGAUGCUCUGAACAUCCAGCAGAACCAGACAUCUGGAGGCUCAUUGCAAGCAAGUCAGCAAAAAGAGGGAGAGCAAAACCAGCAGACCCAGCAACAACAACAAAUUCUUAUCCAGCCUCAGUUAGUUCAAGGUGGACAGGCCCUCCAGGCCCUCCAAGCAACGCCAUUGUCAGGGCAGACCUUCACAACUCAAGCUAUCUCCCAGGAAACCCUCCAGAACCUUCAGCUUCAGGCCGUUCCAAACUCUGGCCCCAUCAUCAUCCGGACACCAACAGUGGGGCCCAAUGGACAGGUUAGUUGGCAGACUCUUCAGCUGCAGAACCUCCAAGUUCAGAACCCACAGGCCCAGACAAUCACCUUGGCCCCAAUGCAGGGUGUUUCCUUGGGGCAGACCAGCAGCAGCAGUACCACCCUUACACCCAUUGCCUCAGCUGCCUCCAUCCCUGCUGGCACAGUCACUGUGAAUGCUGCUCAACUCUCCUCCAUGCCUGGCCUCCAGACCAUUAACCUCAGUGCAUUGGGUGCUUCGGGAAUCCAGGUGCACCAGCUUCCAAGCCUGCCCUUGGCUAUAGCAAAUGCCUCAGGUGAUCAUGGAGCUCAACUUGGCCUCCAUGGGGCUGGUGGUGAUGGAAUACAUGAUGACCCAGCAGGUGGAGAGGAAGGAGAGAACAGCCCAGAUCCCCAACCUCAAGCUGGUCGGAGGACCCGACGGGAAGCAUGUACCUGCCCCUACUGUAAAGAUAGUGAAGGAAGGGGCUCCGGGGAUCCUGGCAAAAAGAAACAGCACAUUUGCCACAUGCAAGGCUGUGGCAAAGUAUAUGGCAAGACCUCACACCUACGGGCACACUUGCGCUGGCAUACAGGCGAGAGACCAUUCAUGUGUACCUGGUCAUACUGUGGGAAACGCUUCACACGUUCGGAUGAGUUACAGAGGCAUAAACGCACACACACAGGUGAGAAGAAAUUUGCCUGCCCUGAGUGUCCCAAGCGCUUCAUGAGAAGUGACCACCUGUCAAAGCAUAUCAAGACCCACCAGAAUAAGAAAGGAGGCCCAGGUGUAGCCCUAAGUGUGGGCACUUUGCCCCUGGACAGUGGGGCAGGUUCAGAAGGCAGCGGCACUGCCACCCCUUCAGCCCUUAUUACUACCAACAUGGUAGCCAUGGAGGCCAUCUGUCCAGAGGGUAUUGCCCGUCUUGCCAACAGUGGCAUCAACGUCAUGCAGGUGGCGGAUCUGCAGUCCAUUAAUAUCAGUGGCAAUGGCUUCUGAGAUCAGGCACCCAGGGCUAGAGACAUAUGGGCCAUACCCAUCAACCCUGGGAUGCAAGGUAGCUUGGGUCCAAGAGACAUGUGGGAGAGCGAGCCAUGAGGCAUUAAAAAUGCAUGGUGGUGGGAAGAAUUGGGGGAGGGCUGCAAGAGAAGAGAUGGGGUCCUGGCACCCACCUAUAUCAUCAAUACCUCCUUGAAGUGGGAAACAUUAGUGAAAAUUCUGUUGGUGCCACCCUUUGAUGAGCAUUUGUUUGACCCCAGACAGUUUCUUAACACUUCUUACCCCAGCCUCCCCGUCCUGCAUUUCCCUUCUCAGCUCCCCCAUGAUGGAUCCCCCCUUUCCUAAAGCCAUCAUGCCUUGAUAAAUAUAUAUGAUCAUUGAAAUACUUUUUAACAAAAAACAGAUUCUAUAUUAUAUAUAUAUAUAUAUAAAAGAUAUAUAGAGAUGCAUUUGCAGGGGUUGGCUGGGAGGAGGAAGGAGACCAUUCUGUGACCAAAAUACCUUGGUCAUUUUUUUUUUUAUAUUGCCUUAUUUCCUUAUGGCUGAGCCUUGUUGUGACACAUCAAGAUUUUCUAUAGAUGUUGUCUUGGCUUCCCACCAGAUUAAGCAUUUAUAUGCUCUGCUUUUAGUUUAUAUAUACAUACAUAAUAUUUUUUUCCUUUCUUAAUUUUGUCUUUUAAUUUGGGAUCAGCUUCUUGCACUCCUUUCUUGACUCAACCCUUUCUGUCUCCCCUUCUCUCACCUGAUCACUUCAUGUUUUGUUUUUGGUAGUAGUCCCUGGAUGAGGCACUUCUGUCAUUCUUUUAAAGUCCUUAGUCCCAGCAGCAGAAUGGAGAAUCCUUGAAGCUCAGGCGGAUGCUUGAGGUAGCUCUGAAGAGAGUGUUCAAAAUACUACUGACGCAGGCACCCUCUUGGCGCUGGAGAGUCAAAGGCACCUCUCUCUUCAUUAGCUGCUCUAAGCAAUAAGAAUCAGAAGUCUUUCUAUGGGAUUAUACAAGAGACCCUUUGAAGGUUAUCAUCUGGGAUCAGUUUGUAUAAACUGAGAAAAGAUGGUCAAAUAAUAAGUAGGGGCUUUCAGUAGGAAAAUGAUGGGCUCAGAAGUGGAAGUAACUCAAGUGGUCCAGGCCAGGAGUUAGUGGAGUAUUUGGACCUUUGUACAGCUGUCUUCCAAGGUAGCUCUAAGCUUUGUUAUGUGGGCUUCUGAGUUCACAUUCUGAAAGGAAAUACACUUCCUCUUUUGAACAUCCCCAGUAGUUUCUUUCCCAUUAUGUUAUUAAGGAGCAUCAGCCAAUGAACCUGUUCUGGACUUCCAUUCUGCAGAACUCCAGAGCAUGUACCAGUGGCAAGGCAGUUCUUUGAUCUUUUCCCUUGAUUCUUCCUUGGGUGGUUCCUAAGGGAAAAGAGUGCACACACGAUCAUGGGAAUGAUAGCCCAGAACAAAAAGAAAUCUUGUCUUACCACUGGGGUUUAUAGGAGAGAUCAGGAAAAACCAUCCUGCUUUCUUCGUGGCCUGAUUUCUGAAGAGACUGAUCCAAAAAUUAUAGCGGCAGGGAACUCUUAGUGCAUUUGGCACUGAGAUUUAAAUGCAACCAGAGUUGUCCUCAAGGCCCAGCCAUUAAAACAUUGUCUCUCUCGACCUUCUGGUAUCUUGUCAGAGAGCUUUUCACUGUGAGGAAGUGUGGAAAUGGCUGUGUGUAUGUGUGUAAUCUGUUAGGUUGGGGGUAGGUUUUCUGUUAGCCAAUACUAUGAGAGACCUGCAAUAAAAAAUUACCCUGAUCUGAUAGAAAGUGAACUGUUUGUGUAUGACUGUGUGUGAAUGUGUGUUUGUGCCUGUAUAUAUCUACACACAGAUAAGAAAUUAUAUUUGAAAUUGUUGGAAAAUAAAUCAAAUUCAGAUCAAAAUGCCUUUCAGGCCCAUUACCUAGAAAUCUAUCUUAAAACCUGGGUAUGUUCCUGAGGUCAUUUCUUUGCUUAUGCUAUAUGAGUUACAAUUAUGAAUGGGGGAUAUUCUACUGCACUUUUAAAAGAAGAAACUAUUUUUGUGUUUGAAAGUGAAACUAACAUCCAGAUCUAUAGCAGAGUCCUAGUUCCUUCAUAAAUCUUUUUAUCUUGACUACAAAUAGAUGAUGCUAUGAUUCUACUAUAUAUUUUAUAUGAAAUCUAUCCAAAUUAGGGUUUGGGAAAGUUUGUGUUGUUUAACCUAAAAUACAAUAACUUAAUAUUCUAAACAAAUGUUCACUCCAUUUGGUCCUUUCUCUGCAGACUUAAUACUGUUUUUAACACUCAGGAACUAUUGCAAGGAACUUUCCCCAGAUCAGAUUCUCUUAAUACUGAAGUUAAAGUCAUCCGUGCCCAGCCACUUAUCACCGCCUUUAUUCCCAAUGAAAGGCAGGACUCAGAACCUGUUAUUUUAUGUCUGUAAUCAUGUACAUAGGCAUCUCCUGGAGGAAAGGGGCAGGAUAACUCACUGGAGUGUGCAGGAUUUUGCUAGAGCAUUUCAAGGAAUGGACUCUUCCCCAGUAUGGAAUUGUUAGAAUAAAUUAGCUCAAUGAUGCUGAAGCCUACAAACUUUUA